GUCACGUUGUCAAAAACUUAUAUCAAGCGGUAAAAAAUUUAUACAUUUUCGAAAGUUAAAAAUCAAUAUUGAAAACAAAUAAUAACUGCUUAAAAAAUCUGGGAAAUUUUUUUUAAUUAUAGAACAAAAACGGUGAUUCGGCAAACUUAGUUACGAACGAUCAAUGAACCUGUCUGAUUAUUCCGGUGGAAAUACACUAAUUACGAUGAUAUCACAAGGCGAAAUUCCAUUAGUUUGGAAGGGAUACGCGACAAAAAUGUCAGUUAUUGCCUUUGCACUGGGCACAUAUUUUUUUAUUUUUCGUAAUCGCGAAUUUCAUUCAUUGCGAAAUUUUCUUCGAAAAUCCAAAAAAAUACAAACAAAAAAGAAUGAAUACCCACAGGAGAAGAAAUUAAGCAAGAAAUCAAAGAUUUAUAAUGGAGAAUUAUGUCCGAUAUGUUUGAAUGGUCCACAGUGUGGUGUAAGGGCAUAUUGUGGUCAUUUAUUGUGCGCUGCGUGUUUGGAAAGUUAUUGUGAGGCCAGGGAUGUUUCAACCCCACCUCCAUGUCCUCUUUGUAGGGCACCCUUGGACUCAGUGACCUUGGCUUGCGAGCAGCAAGAAUCAACACUUUCAUUAACGGAAUACACGAAAGUUGAGAUAAGUCCAACGGAGAAGACGCUCGCCUGGAUUCGCGAGUACAAUCGACAUCGGGGCAAAAUUAUUCAAAAGAAUUCCAAAUAUUCGAAAACAUUUAUAAAACGAUUCAUUCUUUGCAUUACUUUUCUCAUUCUUUUUACGAUUAUAACUAUAAUCGAAAGCAGAAUUUAGAUAACGUUCCUAGAUUCGUGACACGUGUUUGAUAUAAAAAUCAUAAUUGGAACGCUUUGGAUUUCGAAUAAAAACAAGAAUAAAAAAAGAGACAAAAUUUUAAUUAAAAAAAAAAGAAAGAAAGCAACAGUCGAAAAUAUCGACAGAAAUACUUUA